ACGCGGAACCCCUCGGUGGCGGUGUACUACACCAACCGGGCCUUGUGCUACCUGAAGAUGCAGCAGCACGAGCAGGCGCUGGCCGACUGCCGGCGUGCCCUGGAGCUGGACGGCCAGUCUGUGAAGGCGCACUUCUUCCUGGGGCAAUGCCAGCUGGAGUUGGAGAGCUAUGACGAGGCCAUCGCCAACCUGCAGAGAGCCUACAGCUUGGCCAAGGAGCAGCGGCUCAACUUCGGGGACGACAUCCCCAGCGCCCUGCGCAUUGCCAAGAAAAAGCGCUGGAACAGCAUGGAGGAGCGGCGCAUCCACCAGGAGAGCGAGCUGCAUGCCUACCUCACACGGCUCAUCGCCGCAGAGCGCGAGAGGGAGCUGGAAGAGUGUCAGCGGAGCCACGAGGGUGACGAGGAUGAAGGCCACAUCCGGGCCCUGCAGGCCUGCAUCGAGGCCAAGCACGACAAGUACUUGGCAGACAUGGACGAGGUCUUCUCACAGGUGGAUGAGAAGAGGAAGAAGCGUGACAUCCCUGACUACCUGUGCGGCAAGAUCAGCUUUGAGCUGAUGCGGGAGCCCUGCAUCACGCCGAGUGGCAUUACCUAUGAUCGCAAGGACAUCGAGGAGCACCUGCAGCGUGUGGGCCAUUUUGACCCUGUGACUCGGAGCCCACUGACCCAGGAACAGCUCAUCCCCAACUUGGCCAUGAAGGAGGUCAUCGACGCCUUCAUCUCAGAGAACGGCUGGGUGGAGGACUACUGAGGCCUUCGUUGGCAGCAUGGCCAGGACGUCCUGGGCAAAAGCCCCUAGCCCUGUACCUGGCUGCCCUGGGCCCUGCUCCCGCUGUUCUGCUGGGCUCUGGACUGCCCCCUUUUCGGCAUGCUCUUGCUGGGCUAGAACCUCCCCUGUCCCUCUUCUGGGCUGGCAAAGCAGGUGAGCGCGGGGUGGGCUGGGCUGGGGAUGCCGCCGCCGCCACUAUCCCUACAAUAAAACCUAUGAGUACUCCCUGGGCA